CGGGUGGACGACAAAUUCUUGCAGCUUGAGUAGGUUAGAAGGAAUAAGUCAUGUUUCGAUUCGAAUCUCUGUUUUUCUAGUUAUGGAGUUAGGCAAAUCACAACCACAUUGACUAUUUACUGGUCGAAAAAGGCUCUACGAUGAAAUGAGCAAUCUGAGCACGGUGGAGGCAAAGUUGCCUCCAGGGUUUAGGUUUCAUCCACGAGAUGAAGAGCUGAUAUGUGAUUACUUGAUGAAGAAGGUGGCAUGCUGUGAGUGCCCUCUCUUGAUUGAAGUUGACCUCAACAAGAGUGAACCUUGGGAUAUUCCUCAAACAGCUUGUGUUGGAGGGAAAGAAUGGUACUUUUACAGCCAGCGUGACCGGAAAUAUGCAACUGGAUUGCGAACAAACAGGGCCACAGUAUCUGGGUACUGGAAGGCCACGGGGAAGGACAGACCCGUCCUACGCAGGGGCACCCUAGUUGGUAUGAGGAAAACCCUUGUGUUCUACCAAGGGAGGGCACCCAAAGGAAGGAAAUCCGAAUGGGUCAUGCACGAAUUCAGGCUUGAAGGUCCCCUAGGCCCUCCUAAAACUUUUUCUGUCAAGGAAGAUUGGGUAUUGUGUAGAGUGUUUUACAAGCACAGAGAAUUAGUUCCAGCAGCCAAACAAAGCAUGGGAAGCAGCAGCAGCAGCUAUGAUCAUGACACAAUUAGCUCUUCAUCUCUCCCACCACUAAUGGAUUCCUACAUCACCUUUGACCAAACUCACACCAAUAUUCCAAAUCAUGAUCAGUAUGAGCAAGUGCCCUGCUUCUCCAUUUUCACUCCAACCCACCAAAUCAACCACCCAACUUUAUCUCACAUCACCCACAUGGAUCCAAAUAUUUCCACCAAAAUUACCACACCCACCACCUUUGGAGCCAUACCACCUGGUCUUAUGGGCUCAUACUUAGACCCCCCCUUUUCCUGUGACAAGAAAGUCGUAAAAGCUUUCCUAAAUCACCUCACCCAAAUGGACAGCAGCCCUAACAUGAAGGGCUCACCAAGCUUUGGGGAAGGAAGUUCAGAGAGCUUCUUGUCUGAUGUGGGUAUGCCUCAUAUGUGGAACCAUUGUUGAUUUUUGAGGUUUGGAUCGAGUUUGUGUAAUAUUUUUUUCCCCCACCAUCGAUCAAGUUGUAGAAAUUAUUUUGUGAGUUACAUUUGUGGCUUUUCUCUGAAAGAAGAAUGUUGUUAUGUACAUAUUUUCCCCUACGUUGGAAAGCUUAUUAGAACGUGUGUAAUUUACUUGAUUUGGAGGACAGUUUUUUCACAUAUAUAUGUACGUGAAGAAAAACUCUUAAGGCAUAGA